GCCCCGGGUGCGCGGGUCCAGCGGAGGCACUGCUGGGACAUCAUCCACCGGGACACAGCCGGGACACUACCGGGGCACCGCCCCGACGGCACCGGGAUAGCGUCGGGCACUGCCGGGAUACUACCGGGAUAGCGUUGGGCACCACCAGGCACCGCCGGGACAUCGCCGGGCACUACCGGGACAUCACCGGGACAGCGCCGGGCACCACCAGGCAGCGCCGGGAUAGCGCCGGGGCAUCGCCGGGACAGCGCCGGGACAUCACCGGGACAGCGCCGGGGCAUCGCCGGGCACUACCGGGACAUCACCGGGACAGCGCCGGGCACCACCAGGCAUCGCCGGGCACUACCGGGACAGCGCCGGGACACCGGGACAUCACCGGGACACCACCAGGCAGCACCGGGAACCCACCGGCCAUCAGCGGGACAUCACCCGGACACCGCCGAGCCACUACUGGGCACCCCGGGACACCCCCCAGUGCAGCCGCCAUGGCCCCGCGGGGCCGGGACCGCCCGUGGGCGCUGCCGCCGCUGCUGCCGCUGCUGCCGCUGCUCCUCCCGCCGGCCUCGGCCGCCGCCCGGCCCAACUUCGUCCUAGUGCUGGCGGACGACCUGGGCUUCGGGGACCUGGGCAGCUACGGGCACCCUUCCUCGGCCACGCCGCAUCUGGACGGGCUGGCGGCCCGCGGGCUGCGCUUCACGGACUUCUACAGCAGCGCCGCCGUCUGCAGCCCCUCCCGGGCAGCCCUGCUGACGGGCCGGUUCCAGGUGCGCUCCGGGAUCUAUCCCGGCGUGUUCGACCCGGGCUCGCGGGGGGGGCUCCCGCUCUCCGAGGUCACCAUCGCAGAGGUGCUGAAGGCUCAGGGCUACGCCACGGCCAUGGUGGGCAAGUGGCACCUGGGCGUGGGGGUCAAUGGCUCCUUCCUGCCCACGCACCAGGGGUUUGACCACUUCCUGGGGGUGCCCUACUCCCAUGACCAGGGCCCCUGCCAGAAUCUCACCUGCUUCCCACCCGACAUCAAGUGUUUUGGGACCUGUGACCAGGGUGUGGUGCCGCUCCCACUGCUCUGGAACCAGACCAUCAUCCAGCAGCCCGUGUCCUUCCCUGACCUGGUGCCACUCUACAAUAAAUUCUCCCGGAACUUCAUCACUUACUGUGCCCAACGGGGCCUCCCCUUCCUGCUCUACUACGCCUCCCAUCACACCCACUACCCCCAGUUUGCCAGCCAGGAGUACGCGGGGCGGUCCCGGCGGGGCCCCUUCGGGGACGCGCUGGCGGAGUUCGACGGCUCCGUGGGACAGUUGCUGCAGGCCCUGCAGGAGAACGGCCUGGAGAACAACACCCUGGUGUUCUUCACCUCUGACAACGGCCCCUCCACCAUGCGGAUGGCACGAGGAGGCAGCUCCGGCCACCUGAAGUGUGGCAAGGGCACGACGUACGAAGGUGGCAUGAGGGAACCAGCGGUGGCUUAUUGGCCAGGCCGGAUCGCCCCAGGAGUGACGCACGAGCUGGCAAGCACCCUGGACAUCCUGCCAACACUGACUGCCCUGGCUGGAGCAACCCUUCCCAGAGUGGCCCUGGAUGGCUAUGACAUGAGCCCAGUGCUGUUUGGGACAGGGAAGAGUCCCCGACAGACCAUGUUCUUCUACCCUCCGGCCCCCGACCCCCUGCACGGCCCCUUCGCCGUCCGCCUCGGGAAGUACAAGGCUCAUUACUUCACCCAAGGUUCCUUUCACAGCGGCACGACCCCAGACCAGGCCUGCCACGGGCUGACCCCGCUGACCCCCCACCUGCCCCCGCUGCUCUUCGACCUGGAGUCGGACCCCGCCGAGAACUACGACCUGCUCCAGGGCGGGGCAGGGCCCGAGGUGCUGCAGGUCCUCAGGGAGAUCACCCUGCAGAAAGUCCUCCUGGAGCAGCGCAUGGAGUUCGGGGAGAGCCAGAUCAGGAAGGGCCGGGAUCCCGCCCUGCAGCCCUGCUGUGCACCCAACUGCACCCCCAAACCCUCCUGCUGCCGCUGCUCCCAGCCCGGGGCUGCCCCACACUGACACCCCAAACCCACCAGACCCCCCAGCCCAACUAACCCAGCUCAGCCUUAGAGCUGCCCCACGGCCCCAGCUCGGGCACCCCUUGGACUAAGGGGGUGCUGGGAAGGCAAACGGGGGGUCGGGGAGACCCCCAACCCUGCCGGGAAUGCGGGACAGGGCCUGUGCUCCAUGUGGGAUGUUCAGCCUUUGACAGGAGUGUGACACUUCCUGGGAGGGACCAGCAUCUUCUCCAGAGCCACCACAGCUCCUUGGAGGUGGAUCUCACAGGAUCCAAGAGGAGCAGAGGGCACGUCCCGGAUCCAGAGAUCCCUCCUGGGCUGGAGGGUGGGAUGGGGGGUCCCGGCAGCCCCAGGGGCAGCACCUUGGUGCAGAGGGGACACGCCUGGCUGGGCAGCAGCAGCUCAGGGUGGGCAUCCUCCAGCACCUCCAUGGCCCUCGCGGCUCCAGGACUCCCCGCUCCAGCUGCUCCUGUUGCUGCCCCGCUCCUUUAGGAAAUGGCUUUUCCCAGGAAUGGGACACCUGACGCUGUGCCGUGGGAAAACUGGGCUGCAGGAGUUUGUUUGGCAGCCUGUGGGGUUUGGGUGCAGGGCUCAGUGCCAGCAGCAGCCAGCCAGCAGUCUGUGUGUGGGACUGGUGCUGAUGCCCCUUCUCUGCACCUGCCGGGCUCAGCCACCCCCUCCCCUCUCUCUGCUCCUCCCUGUCUCCGCCCUUGUCUCCUCCCCAAACAGGGGCCAACCCCACUCACUUCCCCACCAUCACUCCUGCCUCCCAGAUUGUUGGGUCCUUACCUUACACAGGAGACUGAAUUGGGCUGAAAACAAGGUUAAUGGGUGUCAUAGUUUUGGUCAGAACAAAGAAAACAAGGUGGGGAACAGCAGGUUGGUAUUUGUUUGUUUUCAUGGGCUUUCCAUGUAAAUCAUUUCUUUGUGAUUAAUAUUGUUGCUGAUACUGUUCAUUUUCUUAUCUCAUUGAAGUUUCCAGUAAACUGUUCUAAUCCCAA